AUGGGUUCAGUCUUGCCGGCAGAAGCGUUGGUGCUGAAGUCUGGAUUUAAGCCGCAAACGUUGGCCUUGUCCGACAUUAUCACCUCGGACAUCCUACACAGUUUUCUCUAUGGUAGGUGGAGGAACGUUCUAGGCGAACACCUUUUUGAAGAGAAGACCAGCACAGUGAGUCCAAAAACCGCGUUCACCGCAGAGGUCCUCGCGCAGUCGUUUUCGGGAGAGGUCCAAAAACUCUCGAGCCUGGUGUUACCCAGCGAGGUCAUAAUCGCUCAAAGCUCUAUUCCGGGGGAGGGACUCGGCAUCUUCUCCAAAACAUGGAUAAAAGCUGGGACAGAGAUGGGCCCGUUCACGGGCAGGGUGAUCUCGCCAGAACAUGUGGACCUCUUCAAAAACAACAAUCUCAUGUGGGAGGUUUUCAAUGAGGACGGCACAGUCCGUUAUUUCAUUGAUGCUAGUCAAGAGGACCACCGGAGUUGGAUGACUUAUAUCAAAUGUGCUCGGAACGAGCAAGAGCAGAACCUGGAGGUCGUGCAGAUUGGAAGUAGCAUAUUUUACAAAGCAGUAGAGACCAUUCCCCCAGACCAGGAAUUGUUGGUGUGGUAUGGCAAUUCCCACAAUACAUUCUUAGGCAUCCCUGGGGUCCCAGGCGUGGAAGAAGAACAACAUAAAAAGAGUAAGAAUGAUGAUUUCCACCUCUGUGACAACUCUUCAUCGUCAUCAUCUGCCUCUUUAUCUACCGGAGGUCGCAUGCGCUGCGUCAUAUGUCACCGAGGCUUCAACUCCCGCAGCAACCUGCGCUCGCACAUGCGCAUUCACACACUUGACAAGCCGUUCGUCUGCCGUUUUUGCAACCGUCGUUUCAGUCAGUCCUCCACGCUGCGCAACCACGUACGCUUGCAUACCGGCGAGCGUCCAUAUAAGUGUCACGUGUGUCAGAGCGCUUACUCGCAGUUGGCGGGACUGCGGGCGCACCAGAAGAGUGCUAGACAUCGACCAACUGAGUCUGGUUCUGUAGUGGGGCUCCAAGCGCACUCUCCGCCCUCAGCUCAAAUGGCCGCUGUACCUCAUCCGGCCUCUCUGGUUCAUCACAUUCCAACGAUGGUUCUGUGA